CCAUGUUCUUCUUCUGCAUAAACCUUUUGUCAUUUCUUUUUCUAAUCAACAAAACCCAUCAUUGCUUUUCACAAAAAAACUGUCAUUUUUCUUUUCUUUUUUUUCAUGUUCCCAUCAAUCAUGGGGUUUGUUAUAUUUUGAUUUUCUGUUGCAGGAACGUGUCAAUUUUUUGUUACAUUGUGUUUAGAAGAAAACUUAGUCUGUGAUAUAUAUAAUUCACCAUUGUUGUGUACUUGUGUUUUUACUUGUGAUCUUGUGUUGUAUCAACAUUUCAUGGUACAAAGUUGGGAAAUCUUGAAUUAUAGGUUGGUAUUGAGGAGUGAUUUCUAUUAGCUUCAAUUUCAAAAGGAAAAGAUUCAUAGUUUUUCCCCAUUUUACAAUUUGAUUGCUGUGGAAGAUGUUGUGCGCUUGUUCUGGAGAGCAACACAAAUUUGAAGAGGCACCACAGUCACCGGAUUCCCUAGCAACAAGGGAUUUCUCUGCUAGUGGGUUAUCUUCAAGGACGGGAGAUUGGGAUUCAAAACUAAAUGAAAAUCAAGUUGAAGAUGCUGAAUCUUCUCUAAAAGAAGCCGCCUCAUUAAACUAUGAGGAAGCUAGAGCAUUGUUGGGGAGGCUUGAAUAUCAAAGAGGGAACUUUGAAGCUGCCCUACACGUGCUUCAGGGUAUUGACAUCAGUACUUUGACCCCAAGGAUGAUCAGGGCUAUUGCUGAAAGAAACAAGCUAAGGAAACCUCGGUCCAAAGCGGGUACUGUGCUUCCUAAUUUGAUGUCAAUGCAUUCAGUGAGCCUGCUUCUUGAGGCAAUUUUGCUUAAAGCCAAAUCCUUAGAGGAGAUGAAGCAAUACACUGAGGCUGCAAAGGAGUGCAGAAUAAUUGUGGAUACAAUUGAAUCAGCUCUUCCUAAUGGAAUGCCGGACGGUAUUGGUGAAGAAUGUAAGUUGCAGGAAAUGUUCCACAAAGCAUUGGAGUUGCUUCCAAAUCUAUGGAUCAAGGCAGGUUUUCUAGAUGAAGCUGUCACUGCUUAUCGGCGUGCUCUGGUCAAACCAUGGAAUUUGGAGCCAAGGAGGUUGGCCUGUUUACAAAAGGAUUUAGCUACCACACUACUAUACGGUGGUGUUGAAGUAAAUCUACCUUCUCAUUUGCAAGUGAAUGGUUCAACAGCACCGAUGAGUAACAUUGAAGAAGCCAUACUUCUGUUAUUAAUUCUAUCAGGAAAGAUGGCACUUCAGGAAAUAGAUUGGGAUGCUGAAAUAACUGGUCAUCUUACAUUUUCGCUUUCAAUGACUGGGAUGUUUCAAUCAUUGGCAGAAUGUGUAGAGCAGAUCCUACCAGGUAUCUUUGGUCGAGCUGAUAGGUGGUACUUUCUUGCUCUUUGUUACAGUGCAGCAGGACAAAAUGAAGCAGCGUUGAACCUUUUGAGGAAAGCUUGUGGUAGUUCUGAAUCAGAGCAUAUGCCUCAUUUUCCUUCAUAUUUGUUUGGUGCAAAACUGUGUUCCCAGUAUCCAAAUCAUGCUCAUGAAGGCAUCAAAUUUUCACAGCAAGUUAUUGAUCUAGCCAAGCAUCAAAAUGAGCAUUUUUUGGUUCAAGGCCAACAAAUUCUCGGUGUUUGUUACGGAGCUGCAGCUAGAACAUCUGUAGUGGAUUCCGAAAGAGUUCAAUUUCAAAGAGAGUCUUUGAACUUUCUAAAUGAAGCUGCUCUAACUGGAAACAACGACCUGGAAGUGAUGUUUAGCCUUGGACUUGAAAAUGCAAUUCAGAGGAAUCUAGAUGCAGCUUAUCAAAACAUAAUGAGGUACUCAGACAUGAUGGUUGGAAGUUCUACAAGAGGUUGGCAGCUGUUAGCUCUCAUAGUAUCUGCACAGCAGAGGUUUAAGGACGCAGAAACUAUAGUUGAGUUUGGUUUAGAUGACACUGGGAGCGUCGAUCAGUUAGAGCUACUUCGACUCAAAGCUGUACUUCAAAUUGCGCAGCAGCAACCAAAGCAAGCUAUUGAGACCUACAGAACCUUGUUAGCAGUAAUAAAAGCCAAAAAGGAGAUAUUGCUUCAAGCUGAGAGCUUUGAGUUUGAUCAAGCAAAAAUAUUCAGGGAUGAGGCAUUAACGGAACGGAAAUUGGAAAUGGAAGCAUGGCAAGAUAUGGCAACCAUUUAUACAGAUCUUAAUUCCUUUCUUGAUGCAAAAGCUUGUGUUGACAAAGCCCAAUUGCUAGAAUUUUUCUCUCCCAGAAGUUGGCAUAUUACAGGGAUGUUGUUUGAAGCUCAAUCAUUAUACAAGGAAGCGUUUGUUUCGUUCUCAAUCUCGUUGUCAAUAGAACCUGAUUAUAUUCAAAGUAUCAAUUCAACUGCGAAGUUGUUGAUUAAACUUGGUAUGCAAUCACUUCCACUAGCAAGAAGCUUUUUAAUGAAUGCUUUGCGAUUGGAACCGGCAAACCAUGACGCGUGGUUCAACCUUGGAUUGGUUUCAAAAAUGGAGGGUUCAUUAGAACAAGCUGCAGAUUGUUUUCAAGCUGCAUAUGAGCUGAAGCUUUCAGCUCCAGUUCAACAGUUUGAGUGAUUGGGACGUUGGCGAACUUAAAUUCUUUGUGGUUGAGGAAAGUAAGCUUCACCAAGAACAUAAUAGAAAAGACAUAAGCAGCGACUAAUAGGAAAAAAAUUCAUUGUAUGGUUACCCUUGUUUGGUUAACUGAUUCAUAAAAAAUGUAUAGCUCAAGCUAGUUGCUUAACUAUAGAUGUACUUCAACCUGUUUCCAAUGAAUUAUCAGUUCAAUUUGACAGAUUAAAUACAGGAAAUCAGAAGUUUGUUUUUUUUGGUACAA